CCAUAUCUUACUCCACCUCCCUGGAGAAGACAGACAAAGGGGAUGUGGGGGCGAAGGGCUGCACGUGCACGAAGGAAAACAAAAGUAGUAAAUCUGCCAGCCCCCUGAGGAUCCUAGCUGAUGAACAUGCUGGGAUAAGUGGCUCAGGUUCUUCCUGAAGUUCUUCCUAAAAUGCAACCAGAACUGUCUGAAGAACGCAGGGAACCCAAGGGACAUGCGUCGCUUUCAGGUGGUGGUGUCCACCACGGUGAGCGUGGAAGGGCACGUCCUCUCUGUGUCGGACAACAUGUUUGUGCACAACAACUCCAAACAUGGGCGGAGAGCGCGGCGGCUCGACCCUUCGGAGGGAACGCCAUCUUACCUGGAACAUGCAGCACCUUGUAUCAAAGCCAUCAGCCCCAGCGAGGGCUGGACAACAGGCGGUGCCACCGUCAUCAUCAUCGGAGACAACUUCUUCGACGGACUGCAGGUCAUCUUCGGCACCAUGCUGGUGUGGAGCGAGCUCAUCACACCUCACGCCAUCCGGGUGCAGACGCCUCCUCGCCACAUUCCCGGGGUUGUGGAGGUCACGCUGUCCUACAAGUCCAAGCAGUUCUGCAAAGGCACGCCAGGCAGGUUCAUCUACACCGCUCUGAACGAGCCAACCAUCGACUACGGUUUCCAGCGGUUACAGAAGGUCAUCCCGAGGCACCCCGGGGACCCUGAGCGCUUGCCGAAGGAGGUGAUUUUGAAGAGGGCAGCUGAUCUGGUGGAAGCUUUGUAUGGGAUGCCUCAUAACAACCAGGAGAUCAUUCUGAAGCGUGCGGCCGACAUUGCUGAGGCGCUUUACAACGUCCCCCGCAACCCCAACCAGCUGACGGGGUUGGCCAACAGCUCCGUCCACGCUGGCAUGAUGGGCGUCAACUCCUUUACUGGACAGCUCGCUGUCAACGUGUCCGAGUCCUCGCAAGGAGGGAAUCAGGGCUUCAGUCGGAACACGAGCAGUGUGUCUCCUCACAGCUAUGUGCCCAGCUCCACGCCCCAGCAGAGCAGCUACAGUACCGUCGCCACCAGCAUGAACGGCUAUGGCAACGCCGGCGCCAUGAGCAACCUAAGCGCCUCGCCCAGCUUCCUCAACGGCUCCGCCGCCAACUCGCCCUAUGCCAUCGUCCCCUCCAGCCCCACCAUGGCCUCCUCCACCAGCCUGCCCUCCAACUGCAGCAGCUCCUCGGGCAUCUUUUCCUUCUCGCCGGCCAACAUGGUGUCAGCCGUCAAGCAGAAGAGCGCCUUCGCCCCUGUGGUGCGACCCCAGGCUUCGCCCCCGCCCACCUGCACCAGCGCCAACGGCAACGGUCUCCAAGAUCAGUCUUUUGUGGACUCUAACAAGUACUCCACAGCCAGCGCACUCCAGGGCCUGGCCUUCUCUUGAAUGAUCCCUGGAAUGAUCGUCCCGCCCAUGUAGAGUGAAUGGGACUGUGUGUGUGUCUGUGUGUGUCUGUGUGUGUGAGGAAAGCCCAGGACACACACUUUCCUGGUGCUGCUCUCCCUGAGUGUACACAGAAGACUCCGGUUGUAGACUGACCCUGCAGUCUAUCUCUGAAGGAUCACUACUUUAAACUCAGGCCCUUUUUUAAACGGAAUCACCUUUGAAAUGAAAUGAUAGAAGGAAAGAAAACCUGGACUGUUGUAUCAACUUGUUUUGAUGUUGAAAUUUGUACUCACCUUGUAGACACUUUUUAAGUUGAGGGGUAAUGCCACAGACAUUUCUUAAAGUCUUAAUAGCCCCACCCACACAAGUAGAACAGAGUUCUAUUUAUUUUCAAUUUCUUUGUUUAAUUUUUGGUUUGCCAUUCUAUCUAUGUGUUUGGUUCUUUGUUUGUUUGUUUCUUUGUGAAAGAAGUAAUGCCCUUUUAUGAAAUGUAAGAUACACAAAAGACACAAGUUGCAGUGUUUUCUAUUUAUGAGUUUAUAGACUAAAUGAAGGAUUAUGGAAGAUCUAUGAAAACUACCACACUUCAACAACUUAGAUUGUGUAAAAUCCAUUGUCACUUGAGGCCAAAUUAGACCUAUCAGAAGACUGGAUUAACAUUUUGAAUUCUCCAGAAAUCUAAUCAUUUUUUAGUGGCAAAGGUUGGCGGUGUGUUAUUAAAGCAGGCACUCCAGUGCAAGUUGCACUGUUGCCAUGGUCCCUAAAGGUCAAGGAUUGCCAAAUAUCCAGAUGCUCCAAUUUGCUUUGCAGGCCCUUUCACGACAUCUCCAUCUGAACUGCCAUAAAGCUCUGCAUUUAAAAAGUUAACCAGACAAUACUUUAAUGCAUCCUGUUUUCAUUUAGAAUGCAAUGAAAUAUUAGGCCAAGAAAAAAAUAUAUGGUUGUGAAUGGCACAAAAUCAAAUGUACAAUAUUACGAUAUUGUCCUUGAUUUGUGUGCAUUGUUUGUUUGCCACCAUUGAUGGAAUAUUUAUGAAGGAAUGCCUUUUCAUGCUGUUGCCAUUUCAUAUAGAAGGUUUGACCUUUUUUUCCUCCUUUUUUUUUGCGGAAAAACUGUGAUCAUGUGUAGUUGUUAGGUUUUGGUGUUCUGCUUCCAGUGUAUCCCAAACAUCUAGAGAAGCACAUAGAUUUGAGGGGUGUUAGUGAAGCGUUUAAUUGCCUGAUCCUGGAUCUGCAUUGCUUUCUGGUUAACAACCUGACUAGGCUGAUGCUAACAGAGAGAAAGAGGGUGUUAUUGUCAAACCAUCCACUCCAGAUAACAGCCCAGUCAGCACUGUGAAAGUUACACGCCCCUUUUAUCAACCAUAGGAUAUCUGGAUUAAUCAUUGUCAUUAUCAUUUUUUUAAAUUGUGUGUUUUUUGUACAGAGUAAUGAGAAUGCAAUUUUUUGUGUAAUUUGUUUUUCUUUCAUUUUGCCAAAGUUAUUGUUUGAAAUAUAUUUAUACAUCAAAAGAAGUCUUAAGGCAGCUUUAUAAGACUUAUUCUCACUCAUGUUUACGCCAUACGAAACAGAUCUCAUUGAACUCAGCUAGGAGAAUCUGAUUAUCAAUGAAGGGAUAUAUGUAAAAUAUCCAUAUAGCAUAUGUAUGUAUCGCUAACAUUUUGUACAUUGCUUCUAGUCUCUGCUUCUCAUCCAUGUUACUGUUGUAAUCUGCAGAUCUGGGUUUUUUUAUUAUUGUUGUUGCCCACUUUUUUUGGUUGGUAAAUGUGAUUUAUGAAUUAGUUUUUUGCAUCGUUUUGGUGUGUCGAAUUACACCUGCAUUGUCAUCACCACCCACAAGAGGCCAUCGGUUUAUUUUUCUAUCAUUUUUAAGUUAACUAAAUGUCUUACUAUUUUAUGUUGAAUUUCUGCACCAUGUGUCAAAAAUCUGCAAAAUAUUUAGAUUUGCUCAACAUGCCUUAUUCACCCAGUGUAUCACAUCAAUAUAAAUAUGUUUACUUUCUUUUUUUAAACACUGCUUCAUUCAACCGGAAUGUUGUUCUGUACACAAUAUGAUCAAUAUCUUUACUCUUUUGCAUCGUUAAUGUCCAGGUUUCCACAACGUUAACGUUUCAUGUCCACCAGCAGUUAAGAUGCCUUAACCAUGCCGAGUUACAUGUGUCAUCUCUUACAUGUGUAGCUGUGAUCACCAGUGCUUCGCUUUGGCCUCGCCACGCAGCUUGGCAGGAAGUGGAAUGACGUCUGGUUUGAAAGCUCAGAUCGCACGGACGUUCAGAGCAACAGCAAACCGUGCGAGUGUGCCGUGUUGCUGAUAUAGUCUUAAAGAAUUUCCCAUCUGUCAUUGCCUCUCCCCAGAGCAUCCGAGCUCCCUUUUUAAAGAAGUCUGGGUAUCUUUCAGUGAACUAACCAUAGCCUUUUUUAUUUAAUUGGGAUCUUUUUUUUAACUUUCUAAAAUAAAGUUUGCCAGGUCAAGUCCUGUCAUUGCUUACUCAUCCAGGUGAACGCCUUAUCGACACACACGAUCCGAACUCCAGAUUAGUGGGGAAAUGCUAUCUGACUCUCCUUUUCCCCCUGUUGUUCCAAUACCUUGUCUUAGGCUGGAGAUUAUGUGGGCAGUUAUAUAUUGCUGGGGAGGGAAAUAAUAUAAAAUUAAAACUACUGUAAAGAUUAUCAUUUUCUAAUUAACUUUGAACUGUAAAAGAACUUUUCAACUUUCACAAUAUUUAAUUAAAGUUUCUUCUUGUCUGUG